UCGUGGGAAAGUUUCUUCAUCGUCCCAACCUUCAACUUCAAUCUCAUUUUUCGAAGAAAAACAUUGAACAAGAAUUAUUCCGUGGUCGACUCACAAGCACGGAAUAUUAUAGUAAAAGGCUUAAGCUUAAACGUUGAACGUUGAACGUUCAAAUUACCGUGUCAGAAGGAGGUUAUAUUUGAAGAGAUCGCUUGGCUCCGAAACGUUGCUCCACGUCGGGUGCUGUCUUUUCUUAAUUUUAUUUCUGAACCGCAAGUAAGUAAGACUAAGUACUGGAGCCACGGCAGCAAGUUGGGAAUAACCCUUGUUCAUUGCUUGCCUCCAUUCUGUGGAUAUGGCUUAUUUUUGUCCAGGUCUCUGUCUGGUGAUUGUAUGUGUCGCUUCAAAGAGGCUAUCGGUGCAUGGUUUCGAGUUACAGUGUAAUCACCGCUACGAGAUCAGAAAGCAGUCCACAUUUUUGCCUUACACAACUAACAUGGAGGAAUGCGAGCUCUCAAGAUCACGCCCGCGAGAUCGACAUGAACUUGGUCCCAGUAGCGUUGUUUCGGGAGCUAGUGGCGGCGUUGAAGAUCCAGGAAAGGAAAAGGAAAGUUGGAGGAAGAUACUAGGAGAUUUCAUUACUAGUUGGGCGCUUCGUUGAAGAUGUUGUCACCCCGAAGCUGUCGACAGCAUCCAACAACAUGAAGUGUAUCUGACACUUAACUGUAUUUACUGAUGUUCUGUAAUUAGAACUGUGGCAGAAUGGAGAGACAUGUUGUUGUCCAAAA